AAUGAACAAUGUUUGUUUUUCAUAUGUUUGGUUAACACUCUUUACCAAAUCAAGUAUUCAAUCUCUGGAAGUCGCACUGCUGCCACAAAACUGCAAGUAUAAUUAUAAUGCUGGUUUUGUGGAUACCUUGUCCAGAUUUCGUAACAAUUAAAAUCCACUAUAUAUUCUAUCUCACUUUCUUUGACUAUUAUACAUGGGUGCGCAAAAUGAGCAAAAUGAGAGUGUUAAUAGUGACUAAUAGGUGGCAGAUCAUGCCUAUAAUAUUAUAUAUUAUGCCUCGGGGCGUAGCCACAGAGGAAUACAGUAAAGCUGACUGUGCAUGUGUGUGUGUGUCUGUGUAUUAAUUAUAUCCCAGCUGUAUAAGCUGUAACUGCAUGUGAGUAUAGUGCAUGUGAUAGCUAGUAACAAGACAACUCCCAUAAACUCUCAUGACUGUAUGUUAUCACCCUCGAUACAUUAGGACCUCUAUAAUAUAAUUGUCAGCCUGAUAUCUUGCUGGAGUGAUGGUGACACACUUGAUUCAUAUAUGACCCUUUACCUAGUACCCUGGUUUAUCUCAACUGUUGACAAAAUUGAAGAAGUGAGUGAAUGAAGAGUUGUUCUACGACCGAUAUAUAUGGAGAGAGCUGGAGGACCAUCUCAGUAAGAUUGGAAAGGAGCAACUAGCAAAGAAACUCCUGUGAUGCUGGAGGGGUCGGGUUAACAUGGGGGACUUGAGGAGGAUUCUGUUUUCAAAUCCCUCUAUUACCCCCCUAUCAACACGAGGGUUUUUGGAGCCUCAAGCAGUUGCACACAUCAGUAUUUACUACGCAAUGCUCUACUCACCUACCCACCACAUCAACUAUAUAAUUAUAAGGGUCAAUCAUUUUGGUUGAUGUCUCAUGUAUCAACUGUUUUAAGGGUACUGAUUUUGGCGGAUUUGUAGCAAAUUCAUCAGCACAAGAUGUACAUGCAAGUUACAUGAGUUUUAAGGCUGAAUGGAAAGUUUGGAGUCAGAUACAGAUGAAAAAGAGAGCUUGCUUAUUAUCAUCUCUCAAAAGAAGGACAAGCAAGUAAAAGGUUGAAUGGGGCUCAACAAAGUGGAGACCAAUUGAAGCCUAUAUUGCCCAAGUUUCAUAGCACAAUAAGAUGAUGUUGAAAGUGACACGUGUUGGAGAGAGCAUUAUACUGGACACCCUUGUAUGACCAGACCACUGUAAAGUAUUGACACAAUUGGAGGUACUAUGUGGCUGUGGGUGUGAGGCUCUACUCUCAGGAGACCUGGAGGGUGGUCACACAGACCAGGGGAGUGCAGCUGAUAGAGCAGCACAUCGAUAAAGUGGUGAACAAGGAUUGUCUGAAACCAUAUGUGGGACGAUUGUUUCAAUCUCCUGCUUGGAGAGCUAAGCAGUGUGAGUGGGUGUGGUGACAGAGUGUUCUCCCUCCUCCCCCUCUGUGCUGAGACACUACAACACAGACACUACCCUCAACACAUCAACCUCCUGGAGACACUGCUCAAACUGGAGACCUGGAGGGUGGUCACACAGACCAGGGGAGUGCAGCUGGUAGAGCAGCACAUCCACAAAGUGGUGAACAAGGAGUGUCUGAAAUCGUACGAGAGACGACUGUUUCAUUGUCCUGUUUGGAGAGCUGAGUGGUGUGAGUGGAUGUGGUAACUGAGUGUCCUCCCUCCUCCCCCUCUGUGCUGAGACACUACAACACAGACACUACCCUCAACACCUCAACCUCCUGGAGUCACUGCUGAAACUACUGCUUGGCUGAAAUGAUUGGCUAAUGGAUGACGAAGAGUUGCUCUGGAAGACCAACCUGGAGGGAGUUGGCAGACCAUAGUAAGAUCGGAGAGGAGCAACUGGCAAAGGAACUCCUGAUUAUCUGUACUAUGUGGCUGAGGGUGUGAGGCUCUACAUUCAGAAGACCUGGAGGGUGGUCACACAGACCAGGGGAGUGCAGCUGGUAGAGCAGAACAUCCACAAAGUGGUGAGUGGGUGAUUGGAACACAAAUGUGGACGAGCUAGCCAAAUCCAGCAGCACAAAUUGGUGGAGUUCCACAUCUCCCAGAGCCAGGCGGCCAACCAUGCAGUGAGAGAGGCAGCCUGCAUCUGUACUGCAGAGCUGGGCACUAAGGUGAACAAGGAUUGUCUGAAACCGUACGAGAGACGACUGGUGAGUGUAGUGUUUCCAUGACGAUGUGUGGAGCUUUAUGGUGUAGUGGGGUAUGGGAUAAAGAUGUUGUGGCAGAUAAAUGUGUCACAAGAGAAUCCUCAAUUUCAUUGUCCUGUUUGGAGAGCUGAGUGGUGUAAGUGGGUGUGAUGACCGAGUGUCCUCCCUCCUCCCCCUCUGUGCUGAGACACUACAACACAGACACUACCCUCAACACACCAACCUCCUGGAGACACUGCUCAAACUGAGCAGUGACAAUGCCUGGUGGUGCAGUCUGCUGGAGUGGACUGUCUCAUCUCACUCUGUCAGCUGCUGGGGAGAAUGAUCCUUAGAGGGAGAAUAGAACACAAUCCAAUGUAAUAUGUGGCUGAGGGUGUAAGGCUCUACUCUCAGGAGACCUGGAGGGUGGUCACACAGACCAGGGUAGUGCAGCUGGUUGAGCAGUACAUCCACAAAGUGAGGUGAAGGAUUGUCUGAAACCCUACGUGGGACGACUGGUGAUUUUAUGUUAAAGCUUUGUUGUCGAAUAAAAGCGAGCAAAAGCUAAGCUUGAUUGUAUGUUGCAGCUAGCUAACUACACACGGCUUUAAUUUGAGGUACACCAGCUGAUCGUGUGAAAACAACACUACAAGUAUGAAAGCCCCUUUAAGAAACAUUAAAAACCUUUGAAGAUAGCUGUACUGUAUUAAGGGACCUAACUGGCUGCGGUUGUAUUUUGCAAUCCUGUUAUACCGUAUAGCGGAUAAUUUUCGUGGGGUAAAAUAUUCGUUAUUUUUGUGGGCAGGCUGACCUCCACGAAAUUUUAACGUAGGUGCGGCUUAUUGGAACGUAGGAAUGCCGUGCAGCCACAAUACUAAACGAAAUUUUUAUUCACGGAAACCACCUUUUCUCGAGUUGAACGAAUUUUUUACCCCACGAAACUUACCCGCUAUACGGUAGCUAGUUACUAGUAUGGAGUGUAUCACCUUUUGAAUCCUUUGUGUUCUGUAACAGAUACCAAGUUGUGGGUGACCACUACAUUCCUUGUCUUAUCUCCACUUUGUACUUCACUCAAAGUUUCUCCAUCUCUUUCUCUAACCUUAAUUGUAAGCUGCUGCUAGGCAAUCAAUAUUGUUGUACAUGCAUUGAGUGCUUAAAGCUUCCUCAAUAGCUGUCUGAAAGAUUGUGUUUAACGUAAUAUAGUAGAUGAUUGUGUUUUAAGAUGCAAAGAUGAAUCAUUUUAUUGUUCAUCCUCUCCCUACCUCAACUCCUCUGGUAUUGAUCCUGGAACGGCUGUAUUUAGGGAGAUUCAUUGUAUCCAUGGACAACCCAGCUCACACAGACCAGCAGAUGUUACAGUACUCGUGUGGUUCACUGGUCCCCAGCAUGAGGAGAGGAGGAUGUGUGGACUCACACUAUCACAGAGAGCCGUGGAGAAGAGUGAGGUUGCCUGCCCAAGUCGCUGGGUGAGGGAGUGUUUAGAGCUGCAUCUUCUAUAUGGACUGAGCAGUGGCAAUGCCCUGGUACAGUCUGCUGGAGUGGACUGUCUCUAUCAGCUGCUGGGGAGAAUGAUCCUUAGAGGGAGAAUAGAACAACUAAUCCAAUGAAUCUGGACAAGUCUGACAGAACAGUAUACAAUGUACAAUUAUAUAGCUUGUUGUUUUUCUUACAUUUGAAGCAAUAUAAUUAUGUGUACGUUUACUCUUUGUUCAUCAGUUUAAAUAUGUGAACAGAUGCAGCUAUUGUUUGCAUUGUUCUCAAUUAUACAUAUCCGAUGCUGAAUAUAAACAAUGCCAUUAUUAUUUUAUGAAA